AUGCCACCAUCUCGUAAGCGAGGACCAUAUAAGCUGUAUUUAUUGAAAAAAAGCAAUAUAAAAAUUCCACGACGAACAAAAUAUGACAUGACACGAGCCUUGAAAUUAAUGAAUGAUGACAGUUCUUCAACGAGUGAUGAAUCAGAUAAGAAUAUGAAUGACAUGAGACAAUUGCAGAUUCACUUUGUACCAGGUGUUACAAGUCCUGAUGAUUCAUCAGAAGAAAAUGACAGAUUUUCUCUUCUGCAAGAUCAAAAUUUGAAUGAUGGUGAUGACGUUGAUGAUGAUGAUGAUGAUAAUAUUACUACUCUAGACACCACCAAUUAUGAUGAACUGAACACUCCGAGUGACCAAUCUGAUCAUACUAAUUUACAUAGUUACGUUGAUGAGAGUGAUUCUUCUGAUAAUGAUUUUAUUUCUCCAGUCAGCACUCCAGACCCUCUCGAGGAAUAUAACUAUAGUGACCAAGAAGACCAACAACUAAACGAUGAUACUUGCAUUGCAGGCACAAAUAAUGAUACAUCAAAUUUUCUUUAUCCAGUGGCUGUAUUAUUGAGAAUAUUACUAUUACUGGCUCUCAAAAUACGGUAUAGCCUCACUUAUGCAGCAGCAGAAGCUGUUGCAAAACUCGUUGACUUGAAAGCCAAAGAACAUGUUGGAUCCAUAUCUCAGUAUAACUCUCAAAAAAUUGUAGAUAGUUAUGCUAUUCCUAUACAAGUUCAUCAUUUUUGCCCAUCGUGCCAUUUGUAUGCUUGUGUUGAAUCAAGUGGUAUCAAUGACAUUCACCAAGAUAAAUCAUUAACGUGUUGUAAAUGUAAUUUUGUGUUUGAUAUAAAAAAAAACCGUGAUGCUGGUAACUUCUUCGUGCACUUAUCCUUAGCUGAACAGUUAAAAGAAUAUUUUGGUAGAUAUCACACAGAUAUAUUGUAUUCUAACUCCCGAAAAAAAUACAACCGAUUUGCAAUGGAAAAUAUCUUCGACUCUGAGUUAUACAAAAAACAAAUUCCUGAUUCAACAACGUCAAACAAUUAAUCAGGAUU